UAAAAUUAGCUAGUGAGCAGAAGAGAAGUCCAUUGCUACCCUCCUCCCCUGAUAGUGGGCUCCCCAAUUCCCCCGUGUCUGCUUAUGAUGACUUGUUUUCCCCCUCCUGAAAACAAGAAGGAGAAAGAGACUCUGUCUGUUCCACAACCUGAUAGAAAUCCCUCCCCCCUUUCUAUGGUUCUGGAGCACAAUUCUUCCUCCUCCUGCAGUGAUGGGGAGACUGAGAGCCAAGAUCUUCGAUCUGUUCUGGAGGCGUUAGAUUAUGUUAUACAGCGUGAGCAUGAUGACAAGGAGCACCCCUAUACAACUAUUAAACAUGAUUCUAGUGAGGAUGAGGACACCAGUGACGCACUAAAUAAUCAAGAUUCGCCAAAUAACAAUAGUGAUUCACCGAAUAAUGAAUCACCCAGUAACACAUGUGAUUCUCCAUCUAAAUCACCAAAAAGUUUGGAACAUAUGAAUGGAAUCAUUAAAGAUGGCAAAGGAUCUGUAUCAAAGAGAGUUAGAUUCAACAUAGAUAAAUCUGAACUUAAGAAAGGUCGGAACUCUGAUAUUGUUAAAGCCCUGAGUGAACCUUGUCUAUAUGGAAUCACAGUAACAGUGGUAGAUAUACAGCCCAAAAAAGGGGGAGGGGAAAGCUGUACUGUCACAGAGUCAUUUCAAGCCAUGGUCUGUCACCAUCCUGACUGCUCCGAGAGCAAUGGAGGGCAUCCGCUGCUUAUGUGUAAGCCCUGCGAUAAGCGCAUUCACGGGAACCUUCAGAAUAGCAAUCAUCUUGUCCUCGAUGCUCCCAAAAAGAAACUCGGUCUGGCUCAGCUUGGACGCGGGUCAUCGUCUCCCAAUCUCGGAACACGGAGGGAAUCGCACGCGGAGCUCAAUCGUCGUCACACUGAGCCGGAGGACGGAGACGAUGUGGACGGGAUUUAUAUCAAGAAACCAGAGGUCCACGAGUUCCGUCCACCACCCACACCCUCUGCUGCAGAACUCAAACUGAAGAGGAAAAAAGCCUUGAAGUUAAAGCGUAGACACACAGACGAGUCUCACCACAGCAGUAGCGAGCUGUACUCCGACGAGGAGGAGAGCGAUCUCGUGUAUAGACGUAUGUCUGAGGACCUCUCGGGAGCAUUCCACAAACAGUCAAAGUCGGCCAUCAGUGACGAAUGCUUCACCAUCAGAUUUGUGGACAUUGCUGAUAACGAGCUGGAGGUAGUGGCUGCUGUCAGAGGCAUCAGUUUAAGGGCAUCUAUUCAACCCAUUCUAGAGAGGCGAGGGAUGGACAUCAACAGAAUAAAUGCAUUUGUGGAGGCCUCCAAAACACCUCUACCCUUGGACUGUGAGUGCUUCCUCUUGGGAGGAAACACCCUCAACAUUAAAGAGAAAGAUUUUGAGGGAGGAACAGGCAAGCGACCAAAUAGUGGCUCCAAAAACAGUAAAAAGAACUCAGGGAUGGGACGACGAGAAUCGCUCUUCGGGCGGGUGCCUCCAGUUGUAGAACCACCAUCGGUAAAACAACGUAGAAAUUCCCUGUCUAUUCCAUUUUUUUCUCACCCCGCACCCAAACAGGGUGAAGGGCCAAGGUUGCUUGACGAUAAUCAGUCCGUGGGAAGCCUGCGAAGUCGCCGGGGAAUUAAUCUCUCCAUUGACGACAUGACGCCUAUCCCACAAACCCUCUCUUCCUCCGUCAGUCCACAAGGAACCAUCUCCUUCAACGAGGGUCGCAGAAUCAAAGAUCGCAGCAAACUCACCAACCUAUUCAGUCCAGCCGGCUCCAAGGACCGGGAGAAGCAUGAACAGCUGAGUGAGAUCUUGAACAAGUACAGCAGUACCGGAAUCCCGGCGAUGCCGGACCUCCUUAACAUUGGUCGCCCCUGUAUUCAGGAGAACCUGUUUGAGAUUGAACCUCACUGGAGUUCUGUGGUCGACAAUGCCUCGAUGUUGACAAAACGUCAGCAUGAUCAACAAGAGGCUAUCUGGGAACUACUCAACACAGAACUACUUUAUAUUAAAGCUCUCAGGGUCAUUGUAGAUUUAUUUAUGUGCUGUUUAAUAAACUUGCAGAGUGAAAGUAUUUUAAAUGAGAUUGAAACCGAACUUUUAUUUGGUAAUAUCAGUGAUGUGCUAACAGUGAACUGUGAUUUUUGGGAGUCCCAUUUAUUAAAAGUGCUGGCUGUAGCCAGAGAAAAUCGAACACCCCUCAACCCCUCUGACAUGAAGGAUGGAUUUAAAAAGUUUGGUGAAUUGUUUGGUCCAUAUACCAAGUACUGCACAGACCAGAAGAAUUGUACAGAGUACAUGAAGGCCCGAUAUGCAGAUAAUGAUCUCUUUAAAACUUUUGUUGUGUGGGCGGAGACCCAGAAGCAGUGUAACCGUCUAAAACUGACCGAUUUACUGGUCAAGCCAAUGCAGCGGCUGACCAAAUACUCCCUGUUACUGCAGGCCAUUCUCCGCAAGACAGAGGAUGAUCGACAACGAAGGGACCUCUUAGAAAUGAUUGGAGGGGUGGACAAAUUUGUCUCACAUGUGAAUGUCACACUGCGACAUAAACAUGACCAAGAAAGAUUAAAUGCAAUAGUGGCUAAAAUUGAAUCUUAUGAUGCAGUAGAGUCACCUAAUGAUGAAUGUCUGAGGUAUAUUCAGGAGUAUUAUGAUAACUUUGACCUUCGUGCACCCAUGCCUGGAUGUGGCGCCGAUCACACCAGAACCCUUAUUAUGCAAUCUGUCCUCAAACUCAAGGACUCAGCUACAAGGAUGGAUGUUGAAUGUCUCCUGUUUACAGACCUUUUAUUGAUUUGUAAACCAAGCAAAAGGAUGGAGAAAUAUAAAAUUAUAAAACCUCCAAUGAGAGUGGAUCGCAUGAUGAUUCAGGAACUGAAGGAUAAAGGGAGUUUUCUACUGAUUUACCUAAAUGAGUACCACGUUCCUGUGUCAGCUUUCACUUUCCAUGCAGAUCAGGCUUCUAUACGAGUCUGGGUAGAUCAUAUCAGGAAAGCUCAGACCUUGUACAGAGAAGCUAGAAGAUCCAGCCAAGGAAACAGCAGUUUUACAAAUCCUGGAAAUGAAGAGGUGGUAGAGGAGGAAGUGAUACGCACCACUCCCCUUCACCCCCUCAAUGAGGAUGUUCUCCUGUCUCCCUCCACUACACCAUACGACGUGUCAGAACUAUUCCGAAGCAGCAAUAGUCCCAUGCCUAGCCCAAUCGAUAAGUGCUCCCCUCAUUUCUUCCACAAAUCUCACUCUGAACAGACAAUCCAAAGCCAUCGGCUAGAGCUCGCAAAAGAGAGAACGCGAUCGGAGGAUAUUCAGAGUAGUCACCCCCCUGUGCAAUCUUCUUACUCAGUGCCGAAUUUUGAUGACUCAUUAAACCCUGAGGAGGAGGAGGAUAAAGGACAGGUGCAGUCCUCCUCCAAUGGCUCCUCAGCCACUAGUAACUCCUCACUGCCAGACAUCCUCGACGACGGUCUGAAACAGAAAUUAAAUCAGCGACGGUCCUCGAGGACAGACACCAAGAGGUACCUCACCGCUGACGCGAUUCGGGAAUUAAGUAAGCACGAGGACAAGGAUACAAGUAUAUAUAAAAGACUUUCAUGGAAUUGUGGAACCAAAGAUGAAGAAAUUAGACAAAAUACACUGAAAAAUAAAGUGCAAAGUACAGACUCUAUUCGGAGCGUACAUAGUUCAAGUGGGGUGAGCUCAACAGGGUCUCUUCAUUUGAGCCCGGAGGUGGACGUGAUUGAGGAUUUAUAUCAAAAUAACAAUGACAUUAGCACAAUACACGAAUCCAGUUGUAACGAGGAGGAAAAUAUCAGUGAAAAGGAUCGACACAAAUCCAAGUCCACCACAGAUAUUGCCAAACUGUUUGAGGACCUCCACACGAGUGAAGUGAAGGACGGGAUCUCUUCUGUGGACAUUCCAGCCAACCUCGAGAAGAGGAAAUUUAGUCAUGCUCAAAUCAUGAAGAUAAAGAAGCAACUCCUACUUAGUUCAAAUGUUGAAGCCAGUGAGGUGUGAAAGGAGAGAAAUCAGUGCUACGAUCAACCCAAAUCCAGGACUGUGGAGUCCUAUCUACUGCCAAACUAUCCGCCCCUGUGUAGCAAAUCCAAAUUGUUCCCGAUAUAGCAACGGUCAUACUAAAGUGUGCUGGUCAACACUGAUUUGUAUUUUGUAAUGACUCCAGGCUUACAAUGUCCACAUUUAUGACAUAUCAAUGGCCAUGUUCAUUCCAGUGACUUUCAUGCAUGCCAUGACAGAUGUUGCCAUGACAACAGACAAAAAUGGCAGACAUAAUGGAUUGUGAUAUUUGAGUGCUCUAUAAUGUUUUUUUGUGAAUGUCUUCAGAAUGUUUUAGAAAGUUUUAAUUGUGAUAAUGUGCUAUUUGUUUUUACAGUUUUAACUUUGUAAAAUUUUACUUUAUUGAAGGUUGUAUUCUGAUAUUAAGAGAUCUGAAGUAGGUUGUGGUGCAGUGUAACUUGUCCAAAAUAAAAUAUAGAUCUACUGAAUAUCCAGGGGAACUCUUUACAUGUGUUUCCUACCAAAUUAAAACAGUUGGUAAAUAAAGUAGUCUAUCUGUUGUCCAAAAAAAUUUUGGUUUUCUAAAAUAUUUUGGAUGUAGACAAGUUUCACUGUAUUUAAACAUAUGCUGAUAAGGGAGAAUGUUUUUGAUGAAGCAUAUCUGAUUUUGUGCAAUUAAUACAUAUGAUCAUGUUUCUCAUUUUAUUUUAUCCUUUUUUCAGCAGGCCGGUAUACUUAUGUAAAUCAUUUUUAAAGACCUUUUGUGAUAGUGUAUUGACUCUAUAUAUGCUCAACUAUAGUUAUCCAUAAUGCAAUAUGUGCAAAAUUCAUUUAUUCAUAAAAUUGUGUGUAUACUUGUAUAUGCAAUGAUGGUUAAGCUGUCUCCACUUUGUUAAAAUAAUGAUGCAAUUGUUAUAUUUUUUUUUUGUUU